AACUUGAAAAGCGAGAGCUCAAGGAAGGAGAUCCAGAUGUAGAAACCGAAUGCAUCAUUUGUCAGGAUGCAUUUGGUAUUAAAACUGAGCUUAUCAAGAUGCCAUGCAAACAUGAAUAUCACGGCAAGUGUAUCCGUCAUUGGUUGGGAGUUAGCACAACUUGUCCUAUGUGUCGAUCAACAUUACCGGAAGAACGACCUCCACCAUCAGAACAACAACAACAACAACAACAGACAGCCAACAGUGAUCCACUGGGCGGACGAACAUACACGUUCCAAUCACCGGCUGGCACCACAACUGUAGGCGUCUGGGUCGCUGAUCCAAGUACAUUACCUCCUAACCUCCACUAUCCGCAUCACCAUUCGCACCAUCGCCACCAUCAUCCCUUCGACGAUGACGAUGAAUACGACGGCAAUUAUAAUGAUGAAAAUGACUUCCUUGAUGCACUCGAUCAUGUAUUUGAUGACGAUGACGAUGAAAACGAUGACGACCCUUAUUAUGAUGAAGAUGAAGACGGAGAGGAAGAUGAUGAAGACGAGGAUCUCUUGUGGGGCUUGCCACAUCAUCCAAUGAUGCAUGUAUGUCCACAUGGUUAUCCUCGGAUGCCACCAGCAACUCUGCGAGAGAGACCAGCAGCACGACCAGCAGCAUCAUCAGCAACAACUCCACGCACAAAUCAACAAGGGUCGCAGCAACAGCAGCAUGCUUUUCGACAAGUAAAUCCAAUGGAUGAAUUGGAUUAACGCAAAACAUACGCUAAGCACAAAAUUAUCGAGCGGGACUCAGCAGGUUAUAGAGCUAUAGCAAG